GGCUACUCUUUGCAGUGUCUUUUGCAUGUGGGUUUCGUGUAUUUUCCGUAUCAAAAGAGAAUGAGAACUGAUCAUGAUAAUGGUGAUGGUGGUAGUGUAAGCAAUGAGGGUUUACCAUACUUGCAGACUCACAGCAGGAUCUUACGACGAAGCAGAUUAUUGGUAGAGGACGUGAGUCAGGUGGUCUCUACAUUCUGGAAAAUCAUGUACCGCGGUCGCUUGUUUGCUCUAGUACCUUAACACCUCUUGAAGCUCAUUGUAGAUUGGGCCAUCCUUCUUUGUCUACCAUGAAGAAGUUGUGUCCUCAGUUUCAGUCUUUAUCAGUACUAGAAUGUGAGUCGUAUCAGUUUGCAAAACAUCAUCGUUUGCCUUCUGUGUCUAGAGUCAAUAAACGGGCUUCAUCCCCUUUUGAGUUAGUUCAUUCUGAUGUUUGGGGUCCUUGUUCUGUUACUUCUAAAACUGGAUUUCGUUAUUUUGUUACUUUUGUUGAUGAUUACUCUCGUGUGACCUGGUUAUAUUUAAUGAAGAAUCGUUCUGAGUUGUUUUCUAUCUUUUGUGCCUUUUGUAAUGAAAUCAAAACUCAAUUUAAUACUUCUGUGCGCAUAUUAAGAAGUGACAAUGCCAAAUAAUACUUUUCAGCAUAGUUUCAGUCUUAUAUGACACAAAAUGGCAUUCUUCAUCCGUCUUCCUGUGUGGAUACCCCAUCCCAAAAUGGCGUGGCCGAAAGAAAUAAUCAGCAUCUUCUUGAGGUAACUCGUGCUCUUCUUUUUCAGAUGAAAGUUCCUAAACACUUUUAGGCGGAUGCAGUUUCUACGGCAUGUUUUUUGAUCAAUCGUAUGCCGUCUUCUGUCCUUAAUGGGGAUAUUCCUUAUACUACUUUGUUCCCUACAAAAUCUUUAUUCCCUGUUGAACCCCGUAUUUUUUGUUGUACCUGUUUUGUGCGUGAUGUUCGUCCGCAGGUUACUAAAUUGGAUCCAAAGUCUCUCAAAUGUGUCUUCCUUGGGUACUCCCGGAUCCAAAAAGGGUACCGCUGUUUCUCUCCUACUUUUAAUCGUUAUCUUAUUUCUGCAGAUGUCACAUUUUUUGAGUCCACUCCAUUUUUUCCUCAAUCAUCUGUGUAUGAGAGUCAGGGGGAGGAGGAUGAUCUCUUAAUAUAUACUGUCCAACCAAUGUCUAGUCCUCUCUCACAGCCUGUUUCUUCUGUCUCUAGACCUACUCGACCUCCCGUUGUUUAUGUUUAUUCCAGGAGAUUGGAGAUUCCUGACUCAGAUCCUCCACCAGCUACUUCGUUGGGAGAUCCUGUACCUUAUACUGAUCAUGAUUCUUAUAUAGACUUACCCAUUGCUCUUCGUGAAGGUAAACGUUCAUGUACUUACCCUAUCUCUUCUUUUGUCUUCUUGUUCUCGGUGUUUUGCUACUUCUUUAGACUCUGUUCCUAUCCCUAAUACUGUUGGUGAGGCACUGUCUCAUCCUGGCUGGUGUGCUGCUAUGAAAGAGGAAAUGGAGGCUUUAGAUGCUAAUGGUACAUGGGAAUUGUUGCCUUUGCCCACUGGUAAGAAAGCUAUUGGUUGCAAAUGGGUAUUUACAGUAAAGGUAAAUCCUUAUGGUUCUGUGGCUAGGUUAAAAGCAUGCCUUGUAGCAAAAGGAUAUGCUCAGACAUAUGGGGUUGAUUAUUCUGACACUUUUUCUCCUGUAGCCAAACUUAUUUCUGUUCGCUUGUUUAUCUCUUUAGCAGCUACAUAUGAUUGGCCUCUGCACCAAUUGGAUAUCAAGAAUGCUUUCCUUCAUGGUGAUCUUCAGGAGGAGGUGUAUAUGGAGCAACCACCUGGGUUUGUUGCUCAGGGGGAGUUGGGUAAAGUUUGUAGGCUUCGGAAGUCUCUUUAUGGCUUGAAACAAAGUCCUAGGGCCUAGUUUGGGAGAUUCAGUGAAGUAGUACAGGAAUUUGGUAUGCAAAAGAGUAAGUGUGAUCACUCAGUAUUUUAUAGGCAAUCUGAGGUUGGUUUAAUUCUCCUGGUAGUCUAUGUGGAUGAUAUUAUCAUCACUGGGAGUGACUCUGCAGGUAUUUCAUCUCUUAAAACCUUCCUCCAAACCCAGUUUCAGACCAAAGACUUUGGAUUAUUAAAGUAUUUUUUGAGUAUUGAAGUUAUGAGAAGUAAGAAGGGUAUUUUCUUGUCUCAAAGAAAAUAUGUCCUCGAUCUAUUGACAGAGACAGGAAAAUUAGGUGCUAAGCCUUGUAGUGCACCAAUGACUUCAACUUUACAACUGUUAGCAGGCGAUAGUGAGUUGUUUGAAGAUCCAGAGAGAUACAGGAGAUUGAUAGGAAAAUUGAACUACCUUACAGUCACUCGUCCUGACAUUGCUUAUGCUGUUAGUGCGGUAAGUCAGUUUAUGUCUUCCCCAACUGUUGCUCAUUGGGAAGCCUUGGGACAAAUCUUGUGUUAUUUAAAGGGAGCUUCAGGAAGAGGUUUGUUAUAUGGUAAUCAUGGGCAUUUGAAUGUUGAAUGUUUUUCAGAUGCCGACUGGGCUGGAUCUAAGGUUGACAGGAGGUCAAUUACUGGAUAUUGCGUUUUUGUUGGAGGAAAUUUGGUGUCUUGGAGAAGCAAGAAGCAGAGUGUAGUUUCUCGAUCUAGUGCUGAAUCUGAAUAUAGAGCCAUGGCACAAUCAGUAUGUGAGGUAAUGUGGAUACUUCAAUUACUAGAUGAGACAGGUUUUAAGACUCCCCUGCCUGCGAAAUUAUGGUGUGAUAAUCAAGCUGCUCUCCAUAUUGCUUCUAAUCCGGUAUUUCAUGAGCGGACCAAACAUAUUGAGAUUGAUUGUCACUUUAUUCGUGAAAAGAUUCAACAACAGAUCAUCUCAACAGGAUAUAUUAAAACUGGAGAGCAAUUAGGAGAUAUUUUCACCAAAGCUCUGAAUGGAGCUAGGAUUGAAUACAUUUGUAACAAGUUGGGCAUGGUUAACAUCUAUCCUCCAACUUGAGGGGGAGUGUUAUGGAAAGUCAAUCAUUAUAUUAUUUCUCUGUAUAUUCUGUAUUCUGUAUUCCUAUUUAGGAAUUCUUAUUUAGGAUUUCUUCCUAAUUAGUAGAACACAAUUAUAGGAAUCAAUUGUAUAUAUAUACCCAUGUACAGAUUAAUUGAGAUUAAGGAGAAUCAUCUCUUUCUACACUAUUUAUACCAAAUAUUCUCCUAUACAUUCUCAUAUCUACUAUUCUCCUUAUUAGUCAUAAGAGAGAAUCAUUGCAAACAAGGUAAGUCUUAGACUGUGGUUUAUAGCUUUUGAUUCAUGUUAAAUGUGAUCAAGGUGGAGACUGUGAUGCAAGAUGGUAAUACGAGUUUAUGUGCAUG